CAUUUUCCAUAUCUCUUAUCCUAUACAGGGAAGUCUGGAGCCUAUCCCAGGAACUCGGGGCAGGGGACACCCUGGACAGGGUGCCAACCCAUCGCAGUGCACAAUCACACACAUGACGGAUAAUUUGCAAAUGCCAAUCAACCGUCUUUGGACUGGAGGAAUCCAGAGUAGUCAGAGGGAACCCCCGAAGCACAGGGAGAACAUGCAAGCUCCGCCCACACAGGGCAGAGGUGGGAUUCGAACCCCACAACCCCAGAGGUGCGAGGCAAACGUGAUAACCGCUAAAUCAAAGUACCCCCAUCAUCAUCAUCAUCAUGAUUUAUUAUUAUUAUUAUUAUUAUUGUUGUUGUUGAUGUUGUUGUUGUUGUUGUUGUUGUUGUUGGUGGUGGUGGUGGUGGAAUACCGAUUACAAGUCAUAACAUAUUUAGUAUAGUUAAAAUAUCGACUUAAAAGUAACCCAGCAUGGUGAAGGUGUCUUUAGUUGGGGUUACUAGUCGGAUUGUGUCAGAGCGCUGAAGCCUGAAUCUCGCGAGAAGAGGUGAGAUUUAAAAUGGCGGCGCCCUGCUGCUAAAACACUUACUUCCUGCUCCUGAAAACUUCGCUGAUUAAAAACAAAAACUCUGCGAAUCUCUUCCAAGUGAAGGAACCGGGUAAAUUUGUGGACUACUGCUUUGUAGAAUAUAUAAUAUAUAUAAUGGCGGAAUCCGAAGAUUCAGUUAAACUCGAGAAACGAGAUGAAGACUCGUCUACAGACACGGAGGAUGUAAACACAAGCCCGGUCCAGGGUGAAAUGUCAUCAUCUGGUUUCCAUCACACUGAAACCCAUCGUGGUGGGAUUCAUUCAGAAAUGGGCAAGGAGAGAAUUCACUACUGCUUGCAGUGUGGAAAGAGUUUUACUAGAAAGGCUCAUCUUAAACAACACCAUCUAAUCCACACGGGAGAAAAGCCACAUCAGUGCUCGCAGUGUGGGAAGACAUUUUCACAGCAAAGUAAUCUUAAAAACCACCAACGCAUUCACACCCGAGAGAAGCCGUACGAAUGCUCACAGUGUGGGAAGAGUUUUACGCUACAGAGUACUUUUAAAAACCACCAACGCAUUCACACAGGAGAGAAGCCGUACGAAUGCUCACAGUGCGGGAAGAGUUUUACACUACAGAGCACUUUUAACAACCAUCAGCGCAUUCACUCUGGUGAGAAACCGUAUUACUGCUCGCAGUGCGGGAAGAGUUUUACACGACACAGUACUUUUAAAAACCACCAGCGCGUUCACACCGGAGAGAAGCCGUAUCACUGCUCACAGUGUGGGAAGAAUUUUACACUACGAAGUAGUUUAAAAAACCACCAGCACAUUCAUAACGGGAAGCUACAUCAAUGUUCACAGUGUGGGAAGAGUUUUUCACAGUACGGUAGUUUAAAAAACCACCAGCUUAUCCAUACAGGAAAGAAGCCACAUCAUUGCUCACAGUGUGGGAAAGGUUUUAGAGAGUUAAGUUAUUUAAAAUCACACCAGCUCAUUCACACAGGAGCGAAACCGUAUUACUGCUCGCAGUGCGGGAAGAGUUUUCGAAAAUUAACUAAUUUAAAAUCACACCAGCGCGUUCACACCGGAGAGAAGCCGUAUCACUGCUCACAGUGUGGAAAGAGUUUUAUAGCGUUCAGAUCUUUUAAAAGCCACCAGCGCGUUCAUACAGAACAGAAGCGCUAUCACUGCUCACUGUGUGGGACGAGCUUUACGCAACACGCUGGAGCGAAACCUCACUACUGCUCAGAGUGCGUGAAACGUUUUUGUGUUGGUGUAAUAAAAAAAUAAUCAAAAUCAUAUACUAAGUGUCAAAGACGUACACUCAGAGUGUGUUUUUAUUUAUUUAUUUAUUUAUUAUAAUUUCCAUUAUUUGUGUGUUGAAUACUCAAAUUAAAUUAAGUGUAAAUCACAUUAUUGUAAAGGCUUUCUGCUGUAGAGCAGUAGGAGGACCUGGUUUGGGUUGAAGACAACUUAAACAUUAAAAAACAGCUUCCCAACCCAACCCUGGUCCUGGAUUACCCAAUGCCCUGCAUAUUUUAGUGUUUUAACACUCUUUAAAGGUCCUUCUUGAGUUAGUGGGUGUGUUAGAUGUAGGAAAACAUACAUUUUGCAGAACAGGGGGUAGUCCAGGACCAGGCUUGGAAACCUGUGAUGUAAGAGAACAACAAAAACAAGUUUAUGAUUUAUAUAUGAUCAAAUUAUGAGUCUUAAAAUGUUUCAAACAUACAAAUAGUUACUAAUUUCUAGAAAACUGUGUAACAUAAAUUUCCUAUUCUAGCAGUAGUUUGUUAUAUUGAAAGUAAAUGUACUGCAGGCUGUUAUUCUGUGUGCUGCAUGGGAACAUGAAACGAUUUGUCCAGCUGGGGCUUCUUUGGGAACUGCUUUCGUUGAUGGAGAAAAUAAACAA